CAUAGGAAUAUAUUAUAAUUUUGUUUAUGUUUGGAAGCGUCACAACUGUCCUUCUUCAUUUUCCCGUUAUUUCUAUGAUUUCUAUGAUUUUUCCAUAAUAAUUCGUACACUAUCCUAAACGGGAAGUGUAUUGUGAAUUUUGAAAAGUUCAUACUGAGCGUAAACCUUGCAAGUAACUUGGUGUCCCAAUUUCGAAUUCGAUCGACGAUCAAAGAAAGCUGUUUGUGUUUUACGAGAGCGUCCAGUCUUGUAAAGAUAACGAUAUUUUGAAAUAAUAAUGGAUAAUUCAUUCAGUGACAUGAAUAUGACAUUUCAACCAACAACUGUUUAUCAAAGUACGCCAAAAGCCAAGCAACACCAACCUUCCUUAUCAACCACUGGAUCUGUGAUGAACAGUUCAUUAAUGAGAUCACCACCAGUAUCCAGAUCUCCAUCAAGUGUCCACAGGCAAUCACAAUCAAAGAGUCCAGUGAGGUUGUAUCAUGGAAGAUCAUUGUCACCUAGAAAGUUAUUAGAUGUGGACGCAGACACAAUUCAAAAGCAACGUAGAGAGCUUCAACUGUUGAUAGCAGAACUUAAAGAUAGGGAUAGAGAGCUAAAUGACAUGGUUUGUACUCAUCAGAAACAUCUUCAGUCUUGGCAAGAAGACCGGCAAAGAAUUGUUUCGUUCGAAAAAAGGUGUACUAGAUUAGAAGGUGAACUCAAAUCAAGAAAUGAACAAUGCAAAGCUUUGAAUGCACGUCUUAAAAACACGGAAGCUCAAGAACUGCGAAAACGCAAUGAACUAGAGACAACAUUGGCCAGGUUAAAAGAAGUUACAGAACAAGCAGAAAUUGCAACUCAUCAGUUGGUUGAUUUAGAGGAAAGUAAUGUCAAUCUUGGUAACAGUUUACGUGAAGUUUCCAAUAAUUUUGGAAAAUUACAAGCAAGAGAACAAGAACUGGUUACGAAGAUUAAACUAAAGGAAAACGACAUAACGGAAGCGAGUAUUACAUUAGGAGAAUUUCAGAAAAAAACAAAACAAUUGGAGACAAUCUUACAGGAAUACGAGACAGUUGAAAAAGCUUUACGAACGGAAUGUGAUCAACUUCGUGACCAAGUUAAGGCUGGCAAAAAUGAAGUUGAGAAUCUCCGAGGGGAAAUGACUAAGCAGUUUAGCGAUGCAGAUGAUCUUCAAACAGAACUUGCACAGUCAAAACAAGAGGUGCUAGUGCUUCAAAAAGAAGUAUUUCUUGCAGGAGAACGAGAAAAACGAAAAGAUCAACUCAUCGAGUUACAGAAAUCGAAACAAGAGCGAACAGAUUCGGAACUAAAACAUCUCAGACAAAUCUGUGAACGUCAACAACGUGAUCUUACAUAUGGACAGAUAAAGAUACAAGAAUCACAUCACAAUGAUGAGGAUAAAAAGAUAAAAGAUCUCUUUUAUAUUUUAGGACUCAUCUUCCCAACAAGUAAAUUACAUCGUUUGUUAGCAGAAUCUCGUCAAAUGGUUCAAAAUCUCGAACAAACUACGGUCAACAUCACGAAUAAGAAUUUUAGAAAUGGAUUAGAAGGAUUUUCACCAUUAUCAACCAGUCCAUCAUCUAAUAUUGGAAACCAUCUCAAGAAUGAAGAAGACAGAGAGAGAUGAAACCUUCUAUGUUAUUUAUCAAUGUGUAAUUUAUUAAUAGAUUAGUCGUAUACGUACUAUUUAUGAAACCUUUAUGUUCAUUUGAGCAUACUUAAGUUAAAUUUUGCUUAAAAUGGAGGCGAUUCUUAUGUGAUUUUCGUUGACAUACAAGCUAUACGGGAGGAUUUUAACGACUUGUUGAAGAAAUAAAUACUAACGACGCUCAAAA